AUGUCGACAAGGUCCAACGGAACCGAAACGUUGGCUCAAACCAACCGCAAAUACUGGGAUGCUGCGUCUGAAGACACGCAACAAGCCGCGUGGGUCAAUGAUCUCUAUGCCCAGAUUGGCACUUUCCUGAUGGAUCCGGAAUCGUCUUCAUGGCUCGGACUUCCACCCCCGGGGGAACCUCAACAAAAGAUGCUUGACUACGCCUGCGGUAUUGGACUUCCAUCCCGUUGCCUCAAACCUCACUUCAAGUUAUGCGUCGGCAUGGACGUAUCUGCUGGCAUGCUUGCCAAGUACAAGAACACUGCAUCUAGUCUUGGUCUAGGCACAGAUGAAAUGCUUGCAGUGCGAGGUGAUCUCACAGCAGAGCCUGUGGAAACAACAGACCCUCCACUUCCGGAGGAGAAGUUGCGGAACUUCGAUCUGAUUGCUAUAUGCAUGGCACUCCACCACAUGGAAGACAUUCAGCGAACCAUCACAAAGCUGGUAGAGAGACUACGUCCAGGCGGAACGAUGCUCGUGAUCGAUUGGGCUCAGAUCAACGGGGCCACUCCCGCCCAGAAGAAGCUCAUCAAAGAUGUCGAAAGCGGGAGAGUUUCUAUCCAGGAUACUAAACACAACGGACAUGGACAUCAGCACCAGCAUCAUUCCAAACAAGGCGAUCAUCAAUUCAUGGACCCAAAUGACCCGUCGAAGCCACAUCCUGCAAGCCACACGAUCAGCCAUGAAAACUUCUCCGAGGAACAGAUUCUGGAAUUAUUCGAGAAGGCUGGCUGCACGGAAGGUCGUUUCAAACUGGCGGAAGAGCUGUUGGAAAUUCCUGGUUCAAGAGUCGGCAAGAUGCAACUUUUCUGGGCGCGAGCAACAAAGAUAUAG